GUGCACGUUGCAGCGCGCGCUCUCGUGUUUCGAAUCAGAGGUGACAUCCUGUCGGCAGGUGCGGAGCAUCCCGAGCAGCGCGACCAAUCGACCAGAAUUUCGAAAAUAAGGAUGUCGCACGCGUUACCCGAGGAAGAAGCGCUAUGCCCUGUGGCAGCUGUGGAGCCUCGACCCAGGACGUCCGCCUUCUCGACAAUCGUGUCGGCCGCCAUUGGGUCCCGUUUGUACCUGUGGACGGUGGCCGCCAUCGCCGGCAUCCUCGUCAUCUCUUCCAUGAUGGCCACGUCGGCGAGGCUGGAAGGCAUUCGCGCCGCCUCGCAGUUGGCGGUGCACAGACGCGGGGCAGCCGACGGCGAGGUCGGCCUUGCGGGGUCAUUUCCCACCGGCACUGGGCGCCAGCGCGGUCGCUUGGUGCGAUGGAACCGAUGGAAGGCGCCACACGCCGGUUCCCUCGUUCGCUCCGGUGCUGGACGUUCUCGCAAAGGAGCAGCGCGCCUGUCCGCUCCAUCGGCUGAGGACCGCCAGUUGGACGCCGCCGGUGCAGAGACCAGCGAGCCCGAGUACAUCCGCCACGUAGAAGGUUGCCGUUCUACGGUGUGCCGCUGGCAGGGCGAGUAUUUGGGAGGCAAACUGGAUGAGACAGUGGACCCCUGCAUGGACUUCUACAGCUACGCGUGUUCCAAUCGCUGGUUCCAGCAGGGCACCCUGGCCGCCAUGCCCUACACACUCUACGCAGCAGGACAGCUUAUGUACCGCCUGGAAAACAUGUUCCACGAGUUCCACCAAGCAGAGGCAAGCGCUGACACCAGCAGCCGCAACGCCAGCUUCUUGUCACGAGUCACUUCUUUCUUCCUGCGUUGCGUCUCUAAGGAGAGGAGCCGAGGACCGUCGCCGGACGUCCAGGACCUCUUCCGCCACUAUGGUCUGGAGGAUUACCCGUACAAAGCGUCGAACAACGGAUCAUCUUGGUCCCCCAGUCUGCCCAACCUGACUCACGUCGUGGGGAUGCUGGACCGUGAACUUGGCUUGGCGGCCAUUGUCCGGCCGUCGCUGACCACGGCGCGGCGCCGCAGACAAGCCAAGCACGUGCUCCUUUUCCUCGACCCCCCAGAAUCGACGCCUUCCUUGCGCCUCCAAGACAGUAUGCGCAAGGUCGACGACGGUGCGUUGUUGCAGAAGAUACUCGCCGGCUUCGCUCUUCUCAAGACGCCGUCUCGAAGCCUCCACGAGGAAUCUACCCAGGUGCUGGCCGUCGACAAGGAGCUGUCCGCCAUCAUUCAAAUGGGCGGCUUCGUGUCUUCUUCGAGACGCUCGCAGGGGGCAUCCGUAACGACUGGAACUUCUGGCGCUGGUCCCGUCCGUCGUGACAUGCUCGUCAGCGUCAGCAGACUCGCCAAGGACUACGACAUCAAAGUAUGGUCGUGGGAGGAGUACGCACGCAUUCUGCUGGGCGACGUCGUCUUCGGAAAGAAUUCUUCGAAUGAACCGCACGUUCUGGUUCAGGUCGAAAGCCCCGAGCAACUCGGCCAGCUAUCGGCGCUGCUCGGCAACACUGAGGUGACCGCGUUGCUCAACUACGUGGCAUUCUCGCUGGCGGCGUUCUUGUCCCCCGCGUUGCCCCACGAUGAAACAGCGGAGGGGCUGCUCAUUCUGAGCCACGGGGAGCACAUCCCACAGGUGCCGGAAGAGCUGCAGGCGUGCGUUCACCUGCUGGCCCGAACCUACCAUUUUGGUGCCCUCUCUCUGGCCCGCCAGGCGGUCAGUCGCGACAGCGGCGAUGGAAACGGCUACAAGUACGAGGGCGCCGUGCGCGCCUUGUUGGAUGGAGCGCGCGAUCAGUUGUCUGCCCUGCUGCGUAACCGCACAGCGCGGAUGACGAGCGUCGAGCUGUGGAUGGCGCUGCAGAGGCUGGACACGUUGCGUGUAGUGUUCCUCGCGGAGCCCGAGCAGAGCGACGAACAUCUGUCGCGCUACUAUGGAGCUGCGCUGGCCAGCGUCGACACUUUCCGGUCGCUCACACAGGCACGGGACUUGGGGACGAGCGACAGUUCGGGAAGCCCUACCACCCCGUCGUCCAGAUCGCCGGACAAGCCCACCUUUCUGCAAGAGUACAUCGCCCAGCAGAAGGAGACCAGCGACCUCUACUGGAACAACCCGCACCGACCUGAGGAGAACCUGGAGACGCGGUGGCCCGCGCUGCGUGUCAAGCCACGCGUCGACUACUUCGAGGCGCGCAACGUGCUGCUCGUCUCGCCGAGCCUGGUGUCCUUCCUGUCGGCGAUGCUGGUGGGCCUCGACCCGCUGCUCGUGCCCGUGGUCGGCUCGGAUGUGGUCCGAGCACUACUGAGCGUCGUAGCCAGCAGCCAGCGGUGGGGGCUGGACGCGGCCAGUGGCCCGCAGGACUCUGCGGAGGACGCUCGCUCCAUGCCUGGCCACAGAGAGAACGCGACCCGUUGCCUGGCCGAGCUGUACGCCAACCUGACCGGUUACCGCCAGGCAGGGCCGCGCUUGCCCGACGAGCUGUUCUUCGACGCGGCGGCUGUGGAGCCUCUCUUCGAGCUCUACAGGGCCUACCUCGCCAAGCACCCUGAGCUGCGCGAUGGUCCGAACAUUCCUGAGCUGCUUGGCAAGAACUCCAUGGAAUUGUUUUUCAUCAACUACGCGGUGGCGCACUGUGAACACGGAGCGCGACCAGUGGACGCCCAAACUUCGAGCGGCGCAGAGCGGACGCUGUCGGUGGCCGCGCGGUUUAACGUGGCCCUCAUGAACUCCAGGGCUUUUGCAGCCGUUUUUCACUGCAAGGAAGACGACGUGAUGAAUCCACGUAGCAGAUGCGAAGUCUGGUAAAACCGGAAAGAUGCUGGCAGCCAGAAGGGGAACGCCAGAUCGACCUCACGUGGAUUGCCUCAUGGAGCAACUCUCUCGCAGCUGGGCACGCGGGGACGGCACGUUUUUCUUGCGCUUUUAUUUUUCGAGCACGCUGCAUAAAAUUGAAUCGAAUAGA